AUGGAGGAAGCUCUAAGUCCCCCUCCUCAACAAAGAGGUCACUUGAAGAUUUGUUCUAAAUCAGUUGUGUUUGUUCCAAAGGAAGAGCAGUUCCCUGUAAUUAAAAUAUCUCUUAAAAACACAACAAAUAUUGAUGAAUAUGCAGGUGAUCUUUACUCCAGGCUAAAUGACAAAGCUUUAACAAUAUCUUCUGAUGUUUACACAGAAAUGAAAAAGGACAGUAUUAUUUCACCAUAUGUAUUUAUAAAGGGUGCCAGGGCUCACACAUUUUCCUUGAACUAUGUAACAAUAGAUGAUUGUCUCCCUUUGAUUAGUCAACUACACAGAGCUUCCACAUUACCACCAGCAGAUCAAAAUACCAUGAUAAGUGCUAUUGUGAUGUCCAGACAGUCAAGAGUAAAAUUUAACACAAGCUGGCUGGAUGAUCUGUAUGAGAAGGUGGAGCUAGAAUGUCAGGCUGACAAGAUUAUGCCCCUUGUUACUAAUCCUGGUCGUUUGAUGGUUACAACUUCAAGAUUGUACUUCCAACCAUUUAACAAUGUAGAAAGAUCACCUGUGAUAAAAGUACGGCUCAAAGAUAUUGUUUCACUGAUAAAAAGAAGAUUCUUACUAAAACAAAUUGGUUUAGAGAUUAAAUGUUCUGAACAUGGAACUUCACAAGCACAUCUUUACCUUGCAUUCAAGACAAAAGAUAUAAGAGAUUCAUUUUAUGAGAAAAUCAUGGAUCAACCAGAGGUGAAUUUACAGAUGCCAGAUCAGCAGGACAUGGCCAUAAAAUGGCAGAAUGGAAUCAUAUCAAACUAUGACUAUCUUAUGUAUUUAAACAGUGCUGCAGACAGAAGUUUCUUUGAUCUAACACAGUAUCCAGUCAUGCCAUGGGUUAUACAGGACUUUACAAGUGACCAUCUAGAUUUAGAAAAACCAGAAACUUUCAGGGACCUUAGUAAACCUAUAGGAGCAUUAAAUGCAGAAAGACUUGAACGAAUGAAGGAAAGGUAUGUAGAUAUGCCGGAGCCGAAAUUUCUGUACGGUUCACAUUAUUCAACGCCGGGAUACAUCCUGUUUUAUCUUGCCAGACUGGUUCCCGAAUAUGUCCUCUGUUUGCAAAACGGAAAGUUCGACCAACCAGACCGAAUGUUCAACAGCUUGUGGGAAGUUUGGCAGAAUUGUUUAAACGGUGCUGCAGAUUUUAAGGAACUGAUUCCAGAGUUCUUUGAUGGGAGUGGAGAAUUUAUGAUUAAUUCUGGGGUAUGUAAUUUUGGAGUGCGGCAAGAUGGACGACCAAUAGAAAAUGUGGAUAUACCACCAUGGGCAACAGAUUCAAGAGAUUUUAUAAAGAAGAUGAGAGAAGCACUAGAGUGUGACCAUGUAUCGAGACAUCUUCAUGAAUGGAUUGACCUGAUAUUUGGAUACAAACAACGCGGAGAGGAGGCAGAAAAAGCCGAUAAUGUAUUCUAUUACCUCACUUAUGAAGGUUCAGUAGACCUAGACAGUAUAAAGGACCCAAAUGAGAGAGCUUGCAUGGAGAUACAGAUAAUGGAGUUUGGGCAGGUUCCUAAGCAGCUGUUUACGACACCCCACCCUGUUAGAUCUACAUCAAAAGAACAUCCACCAGACAUGGCCAUUCCUCCACAUGUGAUAUCUCACGAGCAUAGGUCAAAAACCCCAGAAACAGACCAAGUAGAAGAAGAUGCAAUAUUACAGACUGUAGAUUUUACCAAUAUGCAUAAAAUUGUGACAUUUUCAAAGCAUAAGGAUUCAAUUACCGAUGUAAAAUUAUGUUUGGAGAAAAAGAUGGCAUUUUCUGUCUCACAAGAUAGCUUACUCAAGUUAUAUUGUCUUGAAGAGCAAAGGCAGUUAAGGAGCGUUACCAUUGCAAAUAUGGCCUUGUCAUCUUGUAUAGUGAUGCCAGAUUGUAAAACUGUGAUAUGUGGUGCUUGGGAUAAUAAUGUGUAUUUUUACAGUGUAGAGUAUGGUAAUAUAUUAGACACAUUACAUGCACAUGAUGACGCUGUAAUCAACAUCUAUUGGAGAAAUGAUCUUCUAUUUACAGCCUCAUGGGACUCUACUGUCAAGCUAUGGCAAAUGCCAUGUCCAACAGCAGAUGAUAGUUUUAUUGCAGCAGAAUACUUUGUAAGUUUUUUGUUUUAUCAU